AUGUUCGCCAAGACUCUCCUUGCCCUCUUCGCCGGUGUCGUCGCCGUCUCUGCCGCUCCCACCGAGAAGCGCUCUGCCUACUUCACCGACCUUGCCGAGAACAAGACCAUCGAGGGUGGCCGUGCCACCUUCUACAACGCUGCCGAGAACCAGGGUUACUGCGGCUACUACAACAACGGCGACCAGUACGUCGUCGCCAUGAACCGCCCCCAGCUUGACGGUGACAAUAUGUGCGGCAACUACGUCGAGAUCACCAACACCGAGAACGGCCAGACCCAGGUCGCUCAGAUCGUCGACGAGUGCCCCGAGUGCAAGUACGGCUCGCUCGACAUGUCGCACAGCCUCUUCGCCGCCCUCGUCCCCGGCGAGGACUGGGAGGACAAGGGUGUCUUCCCCAUCACCUACAAGUUCCUCCCCCUCGACUACCAGCCCCCCGCCGACUCCCCCGUCCCCGUCAAGCCCUAA